AUGCUCUUCUCUACUCUUUCCACCGCCGUUGCGAGCCUCGCUCUCUUCACCGGCUCCGUGAGUGCCGUGCCAACACCCAAUACCGCGGUCUACAAGCCUGCCAAAGACUUGUCCAGACUCGCCAAGCUGUUCCCGCAGAGCGAUCUCCCGUCACCAACUGAUGGCCAAGUGCUCAAGUAUGUCGCCCUCGGCUUGGGUACGCAGAACUACACGUGCUUGACCGGAGAUGAGAAUGCCGUGCCUGGUACUACUGGUGCUCUUGCCACUCUCUACGACAUUGGCACGUCCCUCAACUACGACCCCAUUGCCAAGUGGAAGAUCGGCUCCAUCUCUGCGCUCGCCCUCUCGCUCAGCGUGAGGCCCCAGCAGCUCGACUUGAACUUGAGGUCCCAGGGCUUCGAGCACAUGAUCGGCCACCACUUCUUCAAUGGCAGCACACCCACCUUCUCUCUCGAUCAGCUGGCCCAGCCCUACCCCGUAGCUCGUGUUGCCAAGGUCGCUGAGACGGAUCCUCCCAAGUCGGCCUGCCCUGGUAACCAGGGUGAGGGUGCUAUCAAGUGGCUGCUCCUUACAGACACCGUGGGCAUCUCUCAGGGCGGCAUCAACACCGUGUACCGCGUCGAGACUGCUGGCGGCAACAAGUCCGCUACCUGCAAGGGCAAGAAGGCAACAUUCGAGGUCGCCUAUGCCGCGCAGUACUGGAUCUUCGGUCCUAAGUAG